AUGAAGGCCCGAGACAGAAGAAACAGAACCAAAAUGAAGAGUAUCGGCAGUAUUGCCAGGAUCAAGGAAUCUAAGUUGCCAUACUCUCUGCCCCAUGGGCCCUAUGUGGUGGUUUCGGUUGUUUCACUGGGAAGGGAGUGUGAAGGUUAUUUUGAUAAGUAUUUGCAUGGAAACGGCGGCCUGUUCUAUUCCGAAGAAUGUAAGAUGAACUUCUUGUUCAAACGAACUGAUGAGCUUAGCGAGUUUCAGCUAGGAUAUGUUUGUAGAGUAAGCGAUAUAGUGGUAUUUUUUAUCGACUCCAACGAAAUAGACGGCAGUAAGCUUAAAAUAAUCAAGAAGUUUAUUCCAAGCUGUCUGUUUUGCAUAUCGACCCAAAGUCUAAGGGAUGCAGCCAAGAAGUUUGUUCGGAGGCAUUUCCCGAAGGAGCGAAUAGUCGAGAUAGGCGGGCUAAUGGAUGCCUUGAGCAAUGUAAGGAUUAAGAACACGUCGGUCUGCAGAAGACCAUAUAUUGUGCCGAGCAAUGCAUACUCAGACGGGGAGUAUUUUUAUGUCGAAGGUUUUUUAAAGCAUGGAUUUCUAAGCGACAAAGUGAUUGUCAACGGACAGUAUGAGAUGACGAUUGAGGAGGUUUUUGCAGAUAGGGCAUACAAAGGAGAAGAUCUACGCGUGAGCAUUGAUGCCGGAGGCACUUUUUUCUCCGAGGCAGAGGAGGCAGAUGGGGAAUGUGAUGAGGAGUCCCUAAUGUCUGCUUGUGACUCGGAUGAUCCAAAGGAAAACGACGAGGAUGACGAAUCUGCUCUUGAUGAUGAGUCUUCUGCUGGCGACCAACCUUCGCUAAUAGACAAGUAUUCUGAGUACAGAGGAAUAAGAAAUCUUUCAACAUGCAGCUUCAGGUCGUAUAGUUUCCCUGAGCAUUACAAGAGCCUUGUGUUUUUUGAUGACUCUAGAAGGGCUGAAAAACUGGUUGUUGGAAAAGACAGCGUUAUGCCUGAUGGGCAGAUGGUCAGGAUAAAGCUUAAGUACGAGGGCCUUAUUGAGGAGCAGAUAUAUGUGGUUUUCGGAUGCUAUGAGUAUGAAGACAGGAAAACAAUACACAACUUUCACUUUGAAGGAGAGGUACCCUUAAAAGAAGAAAGCAUGGUAGUUGACCUGGGGCAUAAGAUUGUUGACAUAUGCCCAAUGAUUACAAAAAACCUUAACCAGAAGGUUUUUAAAAGACAGAAAGAGCUCGAAUCUGGUGUCAUAAGCUUCAUUGGGCCGAUAUCAUUUGGUUUGUCUAGAGUGCUUAUAUAUAGAAAAUCUGCUCUAAGGGAGUUGUCUGCAACCACGCUUGCUUCUGUUGGGAUGAAUGGAUUUAUGGGAGACAGAGUUAUUUUUGAGGAGGCGGUGCUCCAGGGAAUUCCAUUCAAGAACAAGAAGAGAUACAGCCUUGUUAAGCGGAUGUUUAACAGCAAAGAAGAGGUCAUGUACUUCCGGAACAUCCAGAUCUACAUGAGAAACAGAAAGAUCACUGGAUUCAUCAAGAAGCCGAUAGGGACAAAAGGGACAUUCAAAGGAUACUUUUCACAGCCUAUAAAGUCGGGGGACAAGGUGAUGAUGUCUCUAUACAAGAGGGUUUUUUUGGAAAAUCAAUAA